AUGGAGAAGGGUCGCAUCGGUCUUCUCGUCACUCGCGCCUUGCAGUUCAUCUGCGCCGCAGCAGUUCUCGGGGUCGGCGUCAAGCUAGCGAGAGGUGUCCACGAGUUCGACGACGACUGCAAAGCUUACGCCAAGCACGAUCGCGAUUGCAACGACGCUCUGGGCCGCUUUCCCUCUUCCCUCGCCUACGCCGCCUUCACCGGCGCCUUUGGCCUACUCGACGCACUUGUUGGUCUCGCGGCGGUCUUCAUCUCCGCCGUCCCGUGGAUUGCUGUACUCGCGCUUGAUGCACUCGCUGCGGUCUUCUUUCUCGCUGGAGGCAUUAACUCAGCUAUCUUGAGAUCGAAGGACAAGUAUCGCAACGAAGGACGCUGUGACCUGCUGUCGGGCUUCUGUGGUCGCUUCGAUGCCACUACUGCCUUAAUGUUCAUCGGGUUCCUCACGACUCUGGGAGCCAUGGCAAUGGGCUUCUUCAGCAGACGUUCUGGCAACAGGCAUAGUGCAGUCUAA